UUGGCGACAGUUCAGUUCGGCCACGAUGCCAACCGAAGGCUACUCGGUGCUAGUGUGGUUCCCGACGGGGGACUUCGAUGGGGACACCCCGUUCCAGUUGAACCCCUUCCAGAUGGUGUUCAAGCAGAAACUGAUCGUCAUCACCGUCCAGUAUCGAUUGGGCAUCUUUGGAUUCUUCACGACGAUGGACGGCUCGGCGCCGGGCAACUUUGGCCUGAUGGACCAAUCGGCGGCGUUGCUGUGGAUCAAGCGGAAUAUCAAGCUGUUCAAUGGGAAUGAGGCCUCGGUGACCAUUAUGGGUCACGGUACGGGAGCGGUCUGCGUCGGGUUGCACUUGAUGUCCGGCGAGUGGACCGACGAGAUGUUCCACAAAGCGAUCAUGAUGUCCGGAAGCGUGCUGCUGGAUGCUAUGGUCAAGAGUCCCAAGAUGUACGGGUCAGCGCUGGAUGAGAUGGCCACGUCCUUUGGUUGCUUUCGAAAACCGACGGCCAGUUUGAUUGAUUGUCUUCGCAGAGUAGGUGGUCAGCUUUUGGCAGAGAAUUCGCCGGUCAUUGAUUGGGGUCCGGUGGUAGAUAGCGGGCUUAGUAAUAUAACGACUCCCUUUAUACCGGACUUUCCUAUGAUGUUGGUCCAUCAGGGGAAACUAAGGAAGGUUCCUCUGUUGAUCGGCCAUACCGAUAUGGAGGAAGGACUAGAGUUGGCUAUGGGAGAUAUGCUGGAGCACGGUAUCGGAUCAGAAAUGUUCGAAACCUUGCUUGGAGAUGCAGUUAUGAUGGAUCUGAAUCAGCUUGAUUUCAACGACACACUUUGCGGUGGAAAUAUGGAAAUUGUAAUGGAUGCCGUACAGUUCCAGUACAAACCUUAUCCACCGACGACAGAUCCGAUGAAGUUACGAAGACGAUAUAUAGAGUUUGCAACGGAGAGAAAAUUCGUAGCGCCAACGAUAGAGCUGGCAAUGCACAUGAGUCAACUGGCCGAGACGUACGUGUACCGCUUCGACAUUAAGCCGCGAACCGAAGCGGCCAUGAAGGACAUUCCCGAGUGGAUGGGAGUGCCGCACAACUUUGAAUUGAUCUUCCUGUGGGGUCUUCCGUACUGGCUGAUGCUAGCCGAUGGGAUGCAGUGGGACAGUGCGGACAAACGGGUAGCGGAUAUCGUAAUGACCCUGUGGGCAAACUUUGCCAAGUUCACCAACCCGACCCAGGUGGGCGUGUACAUCAAGUGGGAUACGUUCACCAAUGACGAACCGGGCGUGCUAAUCAUCGACCGCUCGUUCAACAUGAGCGACCACUCGACGAUGAGCUUCGGGGCGGUCAAGUUUUGGAACCAGUACUACCCGAACGUGAUCCAGUUUGCGGCGCAAUGCUGCAACGCCACCUACAUGGCCGGCGCCGGCAACAGUUACCAGACGAUGUUGAGUAGUUCCGUAGUCCUUAGUGUACUAGUAGUGAAUUUUAUAUUGUUACAAUCAUUUAUUUACAUGCAAAUACAAUAUUUUUUCCAGACGUAACCGUCGGAUGGGGGAA